UUUCCCCCUUCUCCCCCCCCCUACCAAAACGCUCCAUACUUCGAGCAAGCCUCAGAGAUAGAGCCAGACUACACCAAAACCAAGGGAGAAUACUCCCCAAACAAGAGAAACCGUAAUAACCACAGACCCUACUCAAAACCGUGCAAGAAAAAAGAACAGAUCUCAACUGGCCCAAUACACACAAGCACUUGCCCAUAUAUACAACAACUGAUAUUAGCCCACAAGGCAUGCAGGGUCACCCGGAUAAAUGAGCAGCAACCUUUCACACGCAGCAUACAGAACACCAUUGACAACGCUAGACAAUGGUCACCCGAGAACAAACUAGCCCAUACUCCCGCUGAUGGCCACCGUAGCUCCACUGCAUGCACAAAACGGAACCUACGUAUCCAUCAUAACACAAACAUCCCCUUCUCUUACUCCGAGACAAGAGAACCUCUUACUGACAGAGAACGCACUACG